AUCAAAGAAGAACACCCGUGGCCCUACUCGUGGGGAUGGAGUUAGACGUUCAUCAAAAAAUGAUACAAGUAAGAAAAUAAUUUCUUAUAGGAAAGGUGAACUUAGAGUGUAUGGACCGAAUGCAACUAUAUUUGGAAACACUGUUGGUGUAAAAGUACGUCAUCAUGCUCCACUUCAGUAUAGUGGUUGGGCCAAAAUUCCUCCAGAAGAUAAGAAAGCAGUAUAUGCUCGCAUCAUGGACAUCUUUGACAUAGAUUUUAAAAAAGAUCCAUACCUCGAAACUAUUUGCAAUCACUAUUGUCAAGAGAGAUAUAGGGGCUACCGUAACAAAUGCCACAGUAAAUACAAAUCUCUUAUCGAGGAAGGUAAAAAUCCAUUAGAAAAUCGACCUAAAAAGUUGGUGCUAACAGACGAAGACUGGGAAUGGAUGUGUAAAAACUGUUUUUCUAAUGAAGAAUGGAAGGUAUCAUAAUAUUUCUUCAAUUUGUACACAUUUAAUACUUUUAAAUUCUUAAUACUGACAUGAAAUAUGUUAUGUAGAAAAAGUCAGCUGCAGGUUCUAAAAAUAGAGCAAAAGUUUCUUUUAUGCAUUCUGGUGGAACAAAAUCCUUUAUUCAAUACUUACAUGAAGAGGUAGUAUUUUUUUUCGUAUAAUAGCAUUAAAAUAUUAUUAUAUUUUAAUUUUAUUUAUUAUUUAAAUGUAUUACAGAAAUCAAAACAAAGCAUAGGUGAUGAAGUACAACAACAAACUAUGAAGUGUGGAGAGAUCGAAAUGUUUCGAAAAACUCAUUAUACGAUUGAGAAUGGAUGGAUCAACGAAAUAGCCAAGGAAAAAUAUGUAUGUUAACUUUAAAAGUUAGUAAUUUUAUUUAAUCGUUUUUGUAAAAGUAAUAAUUCAUUAUUUUAUUGUUAUUGUAGAAUGAAAUGGUUGAGUUGCGACGAGAUAAACUUAUUCAAUUUGAAGAUGGCUUGCUACUAGUAGUUGAUGAGGCUGCUAUAUAUAGGCAGGUGUUAGGUGAAGGAAAAUACGGUUGGUUACGAGGUUUAGGUCCUACACCUGGAAAAAAGAUCUCAGUGGAAUUAUCAUCCAAACAUAAAGAGAUUGAAGAAGAACGUUUGGACAAAUUAGAGAAAAUCAUUGAAGAUCUAAGGAAGGACCAAGAUAAUAAUGUUGCAAGAAUCGUUCAAGAGAAUAUGAAAAUAUUCUAUGAAUCACAACAAGGCAGAUUAUUAGAGGAACGAUCAUCAGAGUCACCAAUCAGAAUUCCAUCAAUGGAUAAACAAAAUAGUUUUUUCACGCAACUGGAGCCAAGUAAAGAAAAAGAUCAACCCUCAUCUUCACAAAAACCCACUAAAUCGUCCUCAAAUUUAGAAGAAGUGCGAGAUUCUCCAAUUAAAUUUGAGAUUCCUAAGGACACUCCAAAGGGUGUAAAAGCUGCAUUACUAGCUGUUCGAUUUAUAAAAGCUUCACACACUUUUUCCAUGGUCAUGGACCCAGAAAUUUUGGAUAAUGAUGAAUAUUUACAUAUUUCACCUAUCGAUGUAAUUCAUCUAGGCACUAUGAAACGGAUUGGAGCUGCUUGCAUAGUAUUUUACAUUAGGAUCUUACAUGAAAAGUUGGUGAAGGCAAAUCGAGCACAAUAUUUUCGUUUCUUUCAUCCAAUUUUAGCUUUGGAUUCAUGUCAAGCACAAAAUGCAAUGACAAUGGCAGAUCGCAUGGAAGGAACAGAAGCGGGACAAUUUUGGUUGCUUUCUGUUAAUACUGGAGACCAUUGGAUGCUAGCAAUUAUUGAUGUAUUGCGUGAAACAUGUUAUUGGCUUGACUCAAUUGGAUUACCCCCGCCUAAUAAAAUUAAAUCUCUAAUGGCAAUGACUUUUGAUUACUACAAUGCUUCCACUAAUAGGCAGCCAAAAAAGUCUGGCAUUACAUGGAAAUCUAUAAAAUGUCCUCAACAAAUAUCGGAUUUUGAGUGUGGAUAUUAUGUAAUGAGAUACAUGCGUGAAUUUUGCAUGAAUUCUAGACCUAUCAAUUGGCUAACCACUCAAGUAAGUUAUAUAUAUAUAUAUAUUUGGGGUAUAUACACUAUGAUAAAAUAUUUUUCUAUUUUAUUAUAA